AUGUUUAUCAUUGUUCUAUUAUUAUUGCAAUUGAACAUUGGUGUAUUCACACAAGGCAUAUUUGAUCCUGCUAUAUAUACUGAAUCUAGUUGUUCAGGUAAUAAUCAAUGGACAGUUUGGUUUGAUUCAAGUGAUCCAAAUAGUGCCGUUGGUGAAUUUGAAAUUACUAAUCAUAUUCAACAAAGUUAUCCGGCAUUUAUGUGCCCAUCACCGAUUGCUAUUGAAGUUCAAACUGUAAAAGGUGAAAGUCCAGCUCAAACAGGUGAUUUAUUUCGUAUUACUCUUAAAGAUGGACUUUUAUGUUUAAAUCAACAAGUUGAAGGAUAUAAACAGAAAUUAUGUACAGAUUAUAAAGUACGUUAUUGCUGUUUAAAGACAAGUAUCGGACAAACAUCAGUAGCAACAGUAACAACACCAGCGUCAAUACCAACAGUAAACAGUUGUGGUCGUCAAUCUGUUACACCAUCAACUCAACGUAUUGUUGGUGGAAUUGAAGCUACUCCAAAUUCAUGGCCAUGGAUUGUUUCAUUACAAGUACGUGAUCAUUUUUGUGGUGGUACCUUGAUCGAUACACGUCACGUACUUACAGCUGCUCAUUGUUUGACAUCAGCUAUGACCAGUCAACUUCGAGUCGUUGCUGGUUUACAUGAACGAUUAAAUAAGAAUACAGGACGUACACAAAAUAUUGGUGUAACACGUAUAUUUAUGCAUGAACAAUAUAAUGCAGUUACACAAGCUCAUGAUAUCGCUAUUCUUCGUCUUUCUGAACCAGUUCAAUUAAAUAAUUAUGUUAGUUUAAUUUGUUUACCAGGACCUGAUCCACAAGAAUCAACACCAGUAACUGUAGCAGGCUGGGGAUCUGUACAUAAAGGUAGUCAAUUACCAAAUGCUCUUCGACAAGUUACUGUUAAAGUUACAAAUGCACAAGCACAAGCAGCAUAUCCAGCUUAUUUUAAUGCUCAACGACAAAUAGGUGCUGGUAUGCCAUAUGUUGGUGGUAAAGAUAGUUGUCAAGGUGAUAGUGGUGGUCCUUUAAUGUAUAGUAGCAAUGGUCAAUGGUAUUUAUCAGGUGUUGUAAGUUUCGGUGCUGAUUGUGGCCUUUCAAAUUAUCCAGGUGUUUAUACACGUACAAGUACAUAUUUAAAUUGGAUUCAAACCAAAAUCAAAUCAAAUUAA